AUGCUUCAGGUUGAAAAACAAAGAACAAAAGUAGCAGAUACAAAACCGUUAGACUAUAUCUUUACAAAUGCUGGUAGGACUAUUUCAGAUGAAGAAAUUUCAUCCCGAGCAUACAGGUUUGACUAUCCAAUUCGUUGGCUUCAAAGUCCUUCAGAUGCAAAGGCAAUAGGAUUUAGAAGAGUUUUGUUUUCAAAUAGAACUAACGCAUUUAUGUUCGCAGUAUAUUUUCAUGGGCAGUAUAAAGGUUCUGAUGGUCUAAUAGACAAAUUUGACGAAAUGAGAAUCUUUACAGUUCGUUCAGACGAAAGUCUUGAGAAAACUCUAAAUGACUUUCAAACUCAAAUGAACAAAUAUUAUUGGGAAUUUCAAAAAAAUACGACUCUUUACUAA